GACAGCCAGCUUUCCGUCAUUGUGAUUGUUCAAUAAAUUGGAAUCUAAAGACGAAAUUUACACUGUAAAGUGUUUAGAUGUUGUUUACUUUUGUAUUAAGUGUUUACAAAAUUUGAAAUAAUUACUCUGUUGACCCAUUAAGGGUUUGUUUGUGGAGUGAUUUAAUGGUGAAACUGGUACUAUAUGUCUUCCCGUUAUGGAUCCAUUUACAGUCGAACAAAACGAAAGUGACCAGUUGUACGUGUUUUAUUUGUAAAUUCUUGUGCUAGUUUUAGUGCUGCGUAUGAAAAAUGGCGCAGACGGUACGACGUGCCGUCGAAGGAAGAUAUCCUUCAUGCUAUUUACCAAAUAGAAUUAAGGAAAGAAGAAAUAAAGCUAGGGCCUUGAGAUUACAACAGCAGAGCAAGCCGGACAAACCAGAAGACUUUGUGUGCUACUCAGACAGUGACAGUGAGGAGGAGACUCCAGCGCAGCAGCACCGCAUACUCUCCACGUCGUACAACUUUGUUGAUUAUGUUCGAUCAAGAGAAAUACAGGCACCUGAGCCCCGGUCCGUCGAUCCAUCGUACGCGACGCGGCAUAUGCUGACACACGACAUGUUCCGUGAGACACCUGUCAGUUUAGGCAACAUGAACAAGGUGUUCUGCUCACAAUGGCUAUCAGACAGGCAGGUUGUCUUCGGGACUAAAUGCAAUAAGUUAAUGGUAUACGACGUACGGUCGCGGUCGUUAGACGCCAUCCCCACGCUGCGGCCGCGCGCACCCUGGCCCGGCGCUGAGCACCAGACCGGCAUACAUGCGCUACAAAUCAACCCCUCCAGAACAUUGCUGGCGACGGGCGCGCGCAACUCGUGCGAGCUGGCCAUAUACAGCCUGCCCACAUUAGACCCUGUCUGUGUGGGCGAGGCGCACAAAGACUGGAUCCUGGACGUGUGCUGGCUGGACGACGAGUUCGUGGUGAGCGGGUCGCGGGACUCGCGGCUGGCGCUGUGGCGUGCGCCCCCCGCCGCGCCCCUCACACCCCCGCACCACGACUACGUCGCACCCCUCGCCGUUAGAGAGUGCCGCGCCGGUCAAAAGAUCCGCGCGCUGACAUUCAACCAACGGUGGCGGGAGAUCGCGGCGUUAACACUCAACGGCUACAUCCACGUGUUCAACGCGGAGACAUUCCGGCAAACGCUCUCGCGCAAGCUGCCCUCCUGCCAGGACCUCGUCUGUCUCGCCACACAGGAGAGCGGAAUGUACGCAAUCGGUUGCAAAUCGUACACGUUACUACUGGACUGCCGCACACUCCAGUCCAUCAAGAAGAUCACAUCGCGGUACAACGGCUGCGGCAUCCGGUCCGCCAGCUUCCGCGGAGAUAUGCUCACCAUCGGGACCGGUCUCGGCCUGUUGAUGUUCUAUGACGUAAGAGCGGGAAAAUAUCUGGAAAGCAACAUUCACUCUUCGAAAACAGUGACUCUCAAAGCUUCCAGAGGAUAUGUGUUCCCCGACGAAGAAGCAGACGGGUACAACCAGGUUAAAUACGUGCCCGCCAUCUACACGCACUGCUAUGACGACAGUGGCACGCGGAUAUUCACCGCCGGUGGUCCCCUGCCCGCACCACUCAUCGGCAACUACGCCGGCAUCUGGCAGUGACACGCGCGAAUACGGUGAUGGGCCUAUCGCGUCACUGUACUAUGUCUUACCUCGCCGGACAAAAGGUUAACUUUUGACUUGGAGAGAAAAUUAUCAAACUUCUUCCGAAAUUAAUUUUAAAGGUUUGAGUUAUUAUUCUAGUUAUGUUUUUAGUAUAGUACUGAAAAAUAUUUAUAAUUUUGGCUUUUAUAACCUAACAGUAUGAAUUCUCCGCUUCGGUGAUGAAUACCAAGUGGAGUUUUAAACUUAUCGGCUUGUAUCUAGGUUUUCUAGAUUUAUUAGCCACAAGAUCUAAACAGACAGACUUCGUUUCAAUUCAGAUCCAAAAUAUAGUUUUAUCUUUUAAUUUUUUGCAAAAUAACUGAUUCGUAAUGAUUUUGAUGAUUUUUUGUUAAUAUGUUUGUUUGAAAUGAAAUAUUCAACAAUAGCACGUUACACAAAGUGAUAAAUAUAAUCAUAUCGCUAGAAUAAUUACAUACCUUAUUAUCGUAGACAAACAUUACAUGAAAAUAUUUCUAUCUUUUUUUAAAGGACUUACGAUAUAAUUUAUAUCGACCUUGAAUUUUCCAAGAAAACUACCUUCAAUUAUAUUAUUUAUUAAUUUAACUGGUAAAAGAAUUAUCCCGUCAAAAUAAAUUUUGUGAUAAUACUUGAAAUUCAAAAUGGCGGACGUUCGCCGCUAUGUUCGUUUAGAAACGCCUUUGUACAAAUUUUGAUUCGACAAAAGCUUAUUGAUUUGUGCCUCAAAGUACGAUACCAUAUUACCUCAUACGGCCGAUAUACACUUACGGCUAGAAUUAUUGGAACAUAAGCAUUUUGUGUAAGCAAUAUAAUAAAAAAUUAAGACCCAUGUAAUUAUGUUUUUAAUUACUUAAAUAUGUUUGUAGAAAUAAUAUUUCAAAAGAAAGAUUUCUUGGAAACAUACUACAUGGGCGUAGGAAAUUACAAACAGA